AUGACGACAACGACAACCAAAAAGCCAAAGCUCUCGACUACGCCUUGUCCAACAGCUCCUACUGUGAGAAAAGUACCAAGAACCACGACUCGUUGCCCUACACUACCUAUGAGCGCUAGAGCUGGAAGAAAAGCUAGGGAUGUCUUCAAUUUGAUCAAGGAAAAAGCGCUUUUCCCUGAAGCUGAACUAGAAGACAAAGAAAUUUGUCCUGACAGUUUCAUGACAAACAGGCUUAGGAUACGCUUUCUUGAAAUGCAUAAUUAUCGCAGGGCAUUGGUCGCACUUGGGAAGAUAAGGUUCAAGGGGAAGUCUCUACCGCAAGCUCAGAACAUGCAAAAAUUGAGAUACGAUUGCAAGCUGGAAGAAGUCGCAGCGCAUUACGCUAGCCAAUGUCCAGAGAGAAGUUUUCGUGAAAUUUCCACCAAAGAAAUUGGCGAGAAUUUUCUAAGAAUCGGAGAUGAUGUUGGAGAUUUUGAGGAAGCAGUCAUCGCUACUGUCAGCAUAUGGUGGGACGCUGCUAAAAGAUUUGGUGCAAUCGAUCCUUUGAUGUUACUGAAAUCCCGUAAUUUCGGCCCUCGCAUACUCUCCUUUACACAGAUGGCUUGGGCAACGACUCGAUACAUCGGCUGCUCUAUCGUCAAGUGUUCGUCCUCAUAUGUAUCAGUUUGCAGGUAUCAACCAAGGGGAAAUGUGAUCAAAGAGCUCGUCUACAAGCCAGGCAACACCUGCACUGAUUGCGCUACUGGAAGUAAGUGCAUUGAAGAGCUGGGACUCUGUGACUGA